UCUUAUCUUACCUCUCCUUGACCCACUUUCUGUUUUUGCGACAUGUUUAGGGUACCACAACUUCCCAGUGACUCGAGUUUGAAUGGCUCUGCGCCUAGAUCAUGCGAAUUCAGUUUCGAAAUUACUCACGGUAGUCGACCAGGUGACGAGAUACCUCCCCUCUUCUGUUUUAUGCCUUGCGAUAGCAGGCGAGGAGGCCUGUCUGUUGUGGAGAAGGCUGAAAUGUCUUAUCGUGUUACUACGGUGUGGGAGCCCUCAGAUAUGUCGGAGACCAGCGGGAUGUUACAGGCUGGAAGUUCCCAUUCUUUUUCGUCCGGACACAGACUUUCAGUCUAUGGACGGUUCCAAUUUCGCGCCAGAAUUAUGGCUCGAAAUGCCUCUUACACCAGAACGAUGUGGUCCGUUCCAUUGCAUUGUGGCUCGAAAACGUGGCACGCAUGUAUAUUGUCUCACGAAUAGAAUCUGUAGGUCACUCUAUCGCGCCUGCAAACGUUUUCUCAACAUACCUCUGUCCUAUAUCUUGUUAAGUUCACAAUAAAACCUCGAUGUGCUGUACUUGCCCGAGAAAUCGCCGCCAAUGCCAACAUUGCUGUUUCCCUAGUCUGCAAAGUUACCAUCAAGCCCCAGCUACCCCCUACUUCCGAGUCCCCUGACACAAUGCAAUUGUCAUUGACAUAUCUGUUUGUCA